CCUCCUCCUGUGGGAAGCCUGGAAAUUGCCUCCUCGAUGCGACGCCCACAUGGAAGUCCAAAGAGAAUAAUAUUAACGCCCCUUAAACAAAUGCAUCCAGACACCGUACUCAAACAUAGCGCAUCUGUCCAAAUAAUGGUUUGUCCUUCUGUCCUGGGAUAAGCUUUUCAGAAGACUUGCUUGCCACACCUCUCAAACUCCUCACUGCUUUGGAGCUUAUCAUGCCAUGGCAUCUCCACCUCCUCCCUCUCAUCAAACCAGAGGUGAUUCUUCAGAAGACUACUACUACCUCGUCGUGGCCGUCGCUGCGGUCACGGUCUUGCUCUUGAUAUCGAACAUGAUCGCAGUCGGUUGCUGCUCUUCAUGCAGCAUCCUUGAGGCGAUUCGGAGAUUUCUCCGGUCCCGGGGGCUCUUGGCCGGUGAAAGCAAUGAUGCAAGGAUCCCAGAGCUAAUUCCUGUGUGCAAGUACCACAAAGAGCAGGCCCAAGAGCAUGAGUGCGCGGUAUGCUUAUCGGUCAUCGCCGAUGGAGAAGAAUUCCGGCAGCUGCCCAGGUGCAAGCACUCAUUCCAUGCUCCUUGCAUCGAUAUGUGGCUCUACUCUCAUUCCAAUUGUCCCCUUUGUCGUGCUGAUGUGCUCGAACGGCCGCCACCUCGGUGCCAGGCUGCUGCUGCUGCUGCUUCCAUACAGCGGCAUCCAGUUGAACCCAGAGGCAUGGGUAGUUUGGUUGUUGCUCUCAUGUAAAUAAUCUUGUUUCUGAUUGCUGAUGUCUUCCAUGUACAUAGAGAACAAUAAUAACAUCUUCUGAGAA